CAGAGGGAGGGAUACAAUGUAUUGAGGAGUAAGACGGGGAGUAUCGUUGACAUCAACCAGCAGUGUUUAAAGCUACCCGACCGGAGAUGGUCCCCCGACACACGAGCGCAGAGUAGCGGUCCUGUAGGGCUUCUGAGGAGGCGAGAGGAAAGCUUGCGUUCCCUGACGAAAAGUAAAACCUUUCUGAUGAGCUCAGCUGUCAAAUGGGAUUAUUAUUUCUGUCCGGGGUUCAAGGGAAACUGCCAGCUGAAAGUCCAUCCACAUGAAUUUAUCAGACCAAAAAGAAGACGGAACACUCACUUUCCCUAUUAAGGUCCACUGGAUGGUCACACUGAGAAUUCCACAGAGCAGGCCAUGAUGCCUCAGCCAGGGCUGUAGGAAACACCCAGGGAGUGCCCUGCUGAGGGAAGUUCCCCCCCAUCCCCACCUCCACCCCCUAUCGCAGGAGGUACCAUGGUUCCCCCCAGGCCAGGUGGAACCGUAGCCCAGUCCAGGGCGACUCGUCCUGGGUACGGACUCUGCUUGUACCCCCCUUGUCUGCUGCUGCCACUGCUGGUGCUCACAUCCCUGCCCAACCUGUCUGGGGCCGUGGCGGCACCCAAGUUCACCAAGAUCCCCGGGGACCAGAUCGGGGUAUCGGGGGGUGUUGCCUCGUUUGUGUGCCAGGCGUCAGGUGACCCCAAACCCAUGGUCAACUGGAACAAGAAGGGCAAGAAGGUCAACUCCCAACGCAUAGAGACAAUAGAGUUUGAUGAUGGAGCGGGGGCCGUACUGAGGAUCCAGCCUCUCAGGGCCCCCCGAGAUGAGAAUGUCUAUGAGUGUGUGGCCCGCAACAGUGAGGGAGAUGUGGCCACCACUGCCAAGCUGGCCAUCAUACGAGAGGACCUGUUGCCAUUUGGUUUCCCCAGCAUUGACAUGGGUCCUCAGCUGAAGGUGGUGGAGAGGACCAGGACGGCCACCAUGCUGUGUGCUGCCAGUGGCAUCCCUGACCCCGAGAUCUCCUGGUUCAAAGACUUCCUCCCUAUAGAGCCCAGCUCCAGCCAGGGACGCAUUAAACAGCUGCGCUCAGGUGCCCUCCAGAUAGAGAACAGUGAGGAGUUGGACCAGGGAAAGUAUGAGUGUGUGGCCACUAACUCUCAGGGAGUGCGUUACUCUUCCCCGGCCAACCUGUAUGUACGAGGAUCAACAGACAAAUUGCGUCGUGUGCCCCCUCGUUUCUCCAUCCUGCCCUCCAACCAUGAGAUCAUGCCCAGCGGCAGCAUCAACAUCACCUGUGUGGCGGUGGGUUCACCCAUGCCCUACGUCAAAUGGAUGCUGGGUAGUGAGGACCUGACACCUGAGGACGAGAUGCCGGUGGGGCGGAACGUUCUGGAGCUCAACGGAAUCAGGGAGUCGGCCAACUACACCUGUGUGGCCAUGAGCAGUCUGGGGGUUAUAGAGGCCACUGCACAGGUGUCAGUUAAGACUCUUCCCAAGCCUCCCGGUACCCCCAUCGUCACGGAGACGACUGCCACCAGCGUCACCAUCACUUGGGACUCCGGUAACCCCGACCCGGUGUCCUAUUACAUCAUCCAGUACCGGGCCAAGGCACCAGACAGCAAGUACGAGACGGUGGACAGUAUCACCACCACCAGGUACAGCAUUGGAGGGCUCUACCCCAACACGGAGUAUGAGAUCAGGGUGUCAGCCGUCAACAGCAUCGGCCAGGGACCGUCGUCCACCCGGGUAGAGGCCAGGACAGGGGAGCAGGCCCCGGCUAGCCCCCCCAGGAACGUCCAGGCCAGAAUCAUCUCCAAGAACACUGUCAUGGUCCGCUGGGAGGAACCAGAGGAGCCCAAUGGACAGGUGAAAGGUUACCGGGUGUACUACACCAUGGACCCAUCUCAGCCCAUGAGUCUGUGGCAGAUCCAUAAUGUUCAGGACAGCACCAUCACCUCCAUCCAGAGCCUGGUACCCUCUGAAACAUACACUGUCAGAGUCCUGGCCUUUACAUCUGUGGGAGACGGACCCUUUUCUGAUCCUGUCCAUGUCAAAGUGCUGCCUGGAGUUCCAGGGCAGCCAGGAAAGUUCAAGGUGGGCAAGGUGACGGAGACCAGUAUAGAGCUGACCUGGGAACCGUCCUACAUCAAGGAGGGUAUCGUCAACUACGAACUGCUCUACAAACCUGUCAAGUUCGGCAGCCUGGAGAAGUUGACGUUUGGGCCCAGGGCUUCGUACACAGUGGAGGGUCUGAGGGCGAACACGGAGUACGCCCUCUCCCUGGCUGCCAUUUCGAACAAAGGCAUCGGAGCCUUUACCAACGAGCUGGUCCAGAGGACAGCACAAGCCAAGCCCUCGGCUGCUCCCCUGGGCGUGUCCUGUGACAGCCCCAGCUCCACCUCCCUGAGGGUAAGUUGGACACCGCCGCCCACUGAGACCCAAAAUGACACACUGACUGCUUAUGUGCUGCGCUACCAGCAAGUGGUGUCUGGGGCCGAGGUCAAAGGUCAGGGUCCAGAGGUGAAGGUGCCUCCCAUCCCCCCAGAGCAGGGGCAGGCAGUGGUGGAGGGGCUGGAAAAGUGGACCUGGUACCGCGUUAGCCUGGCAGCCUUCACUACCGAGGGGUCCGGACCAGAGAGUCCAGCCCUGCUCUGCCGCACAGACCACGACGUGCCGGGUGCGGCCCCCCGGCAGGUGGAGGUCCGGCCCUUCAACUCCACUGCCCUUAGGGUCACCUGGCGAUCUGUGUUGCCAAGGCAACGCCAAGGUCAGAUCCGUGGUUACCAGGUGCACUAUGCUCGUGUAGAGAGUGGCUCAACACGCAGCCUUCCCCGAAUCAAAGACCUGCUAUUGGACGACAGCCAGUUUGUGGAGGAUGACACUACUGAAUAUGAGAUGAUGGUGGGGGGUCUGAAGCCUGAGAUGUGGUACUCUGUGUCUGUGGCGGCUUACACCACUAAAGGGGAUGGAACACACAGUAAAGUCAGAGUGGUGCAGACACCGGGGAUUGUGCCUGAUGCCCCCUCCCUUUCGGUGCGCCCAGGGUCUGAACCCUCCAUGGUGGUGAGAUGGGGGCCCCCAACUGGGAUGUCAGACUCUGGUCCAGGGGCCAAAGGGUCUGAAGUUCAGAUCCAGGGUUUUCGGUUACAAUUUGGGCUGAAGAAUGCAACCCUGGACACUACGGUGGAGUUUUCGGCCAGGGAGCGAAUGUACACACUCACAGACGUAAUUCCAGGGUUGACUUAUGUCGUUACCCUUUCCGCCAAAAGCCGGUCAGGGUACGGAGAUGAGGCACGGGAGGAACUCGAGAUGCCUGAGUACCCACCCAGGAGUUACCCUCAAAUCUCAGAAUACAUUAACGCCACCUGCUGUUCGCUCCAGUUCUCCUGGCUGCCCCCUGUGCCAAGCGAACGAAACGGUGUGAUCACCGAAUACACAAUAGCUUAUCGGGAAGCAGGGGGUCUUAACCCUCUGGGCAUUGACCCUCUGGGCAUUGACCCUCUGGGACCCCCUCGCCAGAUCACGCUCCCAGCCAUUGAGUCCAGCUACACCAUUCUGGGCCUGAACCACAACACGGGGUACGAGGUGCAGAUGUGUGCCCACACCAGCGUAGGUCCCGGCCCGUUCAGUCCCCCGCUACUGUAUCGCACACUGGCCUUCGAGACAGAUGUCCCGAGGAAUUUCUCAGUGAACCUGGCGACCAAGACAAGUGUUCUCCUGACCUGGGAGUUCCCUGAGAGCCCCUACCCCUACCACUUCACUGUGGAGUAUAACCGCCAGAAGAUGGAGGUGGAUGCCAAGCUGAGAAAAGCAGUGAUCCCCAAUUUGCAGCCAGAUACCGACUAUGACUUCAAGAUCACCUCCUCUGAGGGCAACAUGGGCGGGCUGAGGCACCGCAUCCACGCCAAGACCUCUCCACCAAUUGCCAUCCGCCGUCCGGAGAUUGACCACAGCCGUGACACGGAGACCACCAUCACCAUAAUCCUGCCCUCACUGGAGAAUCGCAUCCCUGUCAAGAACCUGUAUGUGGUGGUAGUUCCUCUGAGGAGGGCGAGGGGGGUCAUUAGACAUCUCAAGAGCCCAGACGAGAUGGAUUUGGAGGAGUUGUUGAAGGACAGCAGUCAGAGACAGAGGGAAUCUAGACAGCAGAAACAGGUAGACCUGCGCAGAGCCUACAUCUCAGCCCUCUUCACCCCUGCUACUCUGCCAGCCUUCUUCACUCUGGGGGACCAGCUGGACUACGGAGGCUUUGAGAACCGCGCUCUAGAACCAGGACAGGAGUACGUGUUCUUCAUCUUGGCAGAACUCAAUGGCACCACAGUGAAGAUGUACGCGGACAGUCCGUACACAGAGCCAGUGAUCGCUCCGGACUCAGACCCCCAGCCCCUGGAUGCGGGGGAUGGUCUGAUCUGGGUGGUGGGACCCGUCCUGGCCGUAGUCUUUAUCAUCUGCAUCGUCAUCGCCAUCCUGCUCUACAAGAACAACAAGCCAGACAGUAAGAGGAAGGACUCCGAGCCAGGCACCAAGAGCCUUCUGUGUAAUGCUGAGAUGAUGGCCCACCACCCCACAGACCCUGUUGAGAUGAGACGCAUCAACUUCCAGACCCCUGGUAUGAUGAGCCACCCUCCCAUUCCCAUCACAGAGCUGGCUGAACACACAGAGAUACUCAAGGCCAAUGAUAGCCUGCGUCUGUCUCAGGAGUACGAGUCUAUUGAUCCUGGUCAGCAGUUCACCUGGGAGCACUCCAACCUGGAGGUGAACAAGCCCAAGAACCGCUAUGCUAACGUCAUCGCCUAUGACCACACCCGUGUCGUCCUCGCCCCCAUAGAAGGUUCAAGUCCAGGUAUCCUGAGCAGUGACUACAUCAAUGCUAACUACAUAGACGGCUACAGGAAGCAGAAUGCCUACAUCGCCACACAGGGCCCGCUGGUAGAGACAUUCGGGGACUUCUGGAGGAUGGUGUGGGAACAGAGAGCAGCCUCCGUGGUCAUGAUGACCAGACUGGAGGAGAAGUCACGGAUAAAGUGUGACCAGUACUGGCCAAGCCGGGGUACAGAGACCUAUGGGAUGACUCAGGUCACCAUACUGGACACUAUGGAACUGGCCACAUUCUGCGUGCGCACCUUCUCCCUGCAGAAGAAUGGUUGUAAUGAGCGGAGGGAGGUACGUCAGUUCCAGUUCACUGCCUGGCCAGACCACGGUGUACCAGAGUACCCCACUCCGUUCCUGGCCUUCCUACGCAGGGUUAAAGCAUGCAACCCCCCUGACGCUGGUCCUGUCAUCGCACACUGCAGUGCGGGCGUGGGUCGUACCGGUUGCUUCAUCGUGAUCGACGCCAUGCUGGAACGGAUCAGACACGAGCACACGGCCGACAUCUAUGGUCACGUGACUCUGAUGAGGUCACAGCGGAACUACAUGGUGCAGACGGAAGACCAGUAUGGCUUCAUCCACGAGGCGCUGCUGGAAGCAGUGGCUUGUGGGAACACUGAGGUGGCGGCCCGGAGCCUGUUCUCCUACAUGCAGAAGCUGGGCAAUGUGGAGAGUGGAGAGCACGUCACUGGCAUGGAGCUGGAGUUCAAGCGUCUGGCAAACACCAAAGCCCACACGUCUCGGUUUGUCAGUGCCAACCUGCCAUGUAACAAGUUUAAGAACCGCCUGGUCAACAUCAUGCCCUAUGAGACCACCCGCGUCUGUCUGCAGCCAAUCCGAGGUCUGGAAGGAUCAGAUUACAUCAACGCCAGCUACAUUGAUGGAUACAGGCAGCAGAGAGGUUACAUGGCCACCCAGGGCCCACUGGCUGAGACCACAGAGGACUUCUGGAGGAUGCUGUGGGAACACAACUCUACCAUCGUGGUCAUGCUCACUAAACUGAGAGAGAUGGGACGGGAGAAGUGCCAUCAGUACUGGCCCGCAGAGCGGUCUGCUCGAUACCAGUACUUUGUAGUGGAUCCCAUGGCUGAAUACAACAUGCCUCAGUAUAUCCUCAGAGAGUUUAAGGUCACCGAUGCAAGGGAUGGCCAAUCACGGACAGUUCGUCAGUUCCAGUUCACCGAUUGGCCAGAGCAGGGAGUUCCUAAAUCUGGAGAGGGCUUCAUCGACUUCAUUGGCCAGGUGCACAAAACCAAGGAGCAGUUUGGACAGGACGGCCCAAUCAGUGUCCACUGCAGUGCGGGUGUGGGGCGGACCGGAGUCUUCAUCACUCUGAGUAUCGUUCUGGAGAGGAUGCGUUAUGAGGGAGCUGUGGACAUCUUCCAGACUGUCAAGAUGCUGAGGACACAACGCCCUGCCAUGGUACAGACGGAGGAUGAGUACCAGUUCUCCUACCAGGCUACCCUGGAGUACCUGGGGAGUUUUGACCACUAUGCAACCUAAGAGAGGAGAGGAACUGUCAUCCCUCCAUCCUUCUGUUCAGAUAGAGGUCCACAGAGACGAGGAACAACGAAAGAGAGGCGCAGACUGGAAAACGACUAAACAAUUAACCUUAUAUCCCAUUGGAGGGGCGACGCUACUAACAAGGAGUAAUUAUACAAGAACAACAACAGCAACAUACAAAACAACAACAACAUACAAAACAACAACAACAACAACUAGACAAACGUCAAAUUAAACCUGUACUCUCAGGAAAGACCUGCAAAGGAUGUGUUGGGAGUCAGAGACAGACUAUUACAUGUGUAAUCCUGCAUAUUCUUCUUACCUCAGUGUUUUAUAAAACCUGUGUGUUGUGGUCAGCUAUUUCAAAAACAAAACCAGUGAUGUAUAAAAGGACAACAAAAAGCCUGGAUAUCUGCUGCACCUUAAAUGGGUUUUCUAUCUUAUCUUUCUAUCUGUGGGUUUAGUGUACGAGGGGGGAACACUUCCAUGUGUCUGUGGGUUUAGUGUACGAGGGGGGAACACUUCCAUGUGUCUGUGGGUUUAGUGUACGAGGGGGGAACACUUCCAUGUGUCUGUGGGUUUAGUGUACGAGGGGGGAACACUUCCAUGUGUCUGUGGGUUUAGUGUACGAGGGGGGAACACUUCCAUGUGUCUGUGGGUUUAGUGUACGAGGGGGGAACACUUCCAUGUGUCUGUGGGUUUAGUGUACGAGGGGGGAACACUUCCAUGUGUCUGUGGGUUUAGUGUACGAGGGGGGAACACUUCCAUGUGUCUGUGGGUUUAGUGUACGAGGGGGGAACACUUCCAUGUGUCUGUGGGUUUAGUGUACGAGGGGGGGACACUUCCAUGUGUCUGUGGGUUUAGUGUACGAGGGGGGAACACUUCCACGUGUCUGUCGCUCUGCAUUCAUGGUGUCUGUUGCUGCCACAGCACGCUUUUAGAUCUAUAGAACUAGAAGGACGGUUUGAGCUGCAUGUCUGUGAUUGGACACCAGACUCUUCUACCCACAGUGCCAAGAGAAACCACGCUGUUCUGGGGCAGAUGGGAAAUUAACUUUGACCUCUAAUGAGAAGGAGGAAUGGUACCCGUCGACAUCCAGCAUACAUGAUGAUCCAUGAGCUCCAGGUUGAGGUUGCCUGUAGGCACAGAUCUAGGAUUAGUUUACCAUGCUGAAAUCAUAAUCUUAACCAUUUGGGUGGAAAAACAAAACUGACCUAAGAUCAUUGUCUGGGGGCAACUUCACCCUACUUCAAGUGUGGAUCAAUAUUAUAUUACCAGUCAAUGUUCAGUCAUCCAUGCUUUGCUUGUUAUGUUCUGACAUCUUACUACAUAGAUUAAUGACAGUAAAGGUUAAACACAGUUUGGGCAAUUCCAUUUCAAUCCCAGCCAGUCAUUUCGGGAGAUGCACUGAAAUUACGUGUAUGAAUUGAAAAUUGGCUAUAUUUUUCUUGGAGGACCAUUUCAAUGAAUGAACAGAAUUUUAGUUAAUUUCCUUAAUUGACUGGAGUGUUUUUUGGGGGGAACAUUUGCCACAUUCUGCAGAAAAUAUUGUAAUGAUCCUAUUCAGUGUGUUUGCCUUAUGUUUCACCAUGUUGGUUUCAGCUGCUUACGUUAGUUACAUCUACAUUGUCUGAGCUAAGCAGUGAGCGUCAUAAUGUAGCUUACACCUACUUGAAAUCUGCCACUGCGUUGGAAUGAAUCCUGAUGGCUCAGUGUGUUGGAGUAUGGUUCUGACAACACAAAGGUUGUGGGUUCAAAUCCUGCUUGGGCUACAUAUACAGUAAUGAGUAUGUGUGUUAACGUUGAGUUGGAUGAACUUUGUGUGCUUGAUAAACCCAAGUCCUCAUGGGUUGAGAGUAGAACUCAAACUCUCUUCUCUUUCCCACAGUAAGACAGGACUCUUCACAUCUUCUCUCUGCUUGUAGUCCUACUGUACAGAAAAACUAAAGGACACAACCUUUAGUCCACUCCAGCAUCCCCCACAAUCCCUUUAGAUAUCAUCCUCUCCUCUUAUUGAUUUGACAUUCUAUAAUCUGCUGCCCCAGAUCCGUUGUGAUUGAACAGCACAGUAUGAACUUAGACUAUAUAUACUGUGUAACGUAUAGAGAGUUCUUUAUAAUGCAGUACAUACAGUAGGCCUAACUGACGUAGAGUUAAGCAAUAAGGCCCGAAGGGGUUGUGGUAUAUGGCCAAUAUACCAUGGCUAAGGGCUGUUCUUAAGCAAGACGCAAUGUGGAGUGCCUGGAAACAGCCCUUAGCUGUGGUAUAUUGACCAUAUAUCACAAACCCCUGAGGUGCCUUAUUGCUAUUAUAAACUGGUUACCAACUUAAUUAGAGCAGUAAAAAUACAUGUUUUGUCAUACCCGUGGUAUACGAUCUGAUAUACCACGGCUGUCAACCAAUCAGCAUUCAGGGCUCGACUACCCAGUUUAUAAAAGUUCUUUAUAACACAGUUUAUAGGCCUGACUGACGUAUAGAGUUGAAACAAGUGGGGCAUAAUUAUUAUCAUCAAAAAAGAGCCUUAUUUUUGACCUUUUGAUAUGAUUUUUGAAAUAUGUAUCGUUCUAUUUUGUUACUGUUAUAGCUCUUUGUUUUUACUACUUUCUGAUUUGUUUAAUUGCUGUUUAUUAGCGGAAAAGGACUCAAUAUAACCAAUGAAAUGUUGUUUAGUUGGCAAGCCAAUUUUUCUGUAUGAUAUCGUCAUAUUUUUUUUAAUGGUCAUUUUUAAGUGCUUUCUUAUUUGCUUUAGUAUAUCGUAUACAGAACCUGCGUAGAAUGCUAUUUGAUACUGCUGUCCUCAUAGACAGAUACUUAGAUUCAGACCUAGUUUCAGUUUACAGCCCCUAUCAUAGCACCAGUGGUACGAUCCAAUAGGGGUUUAGGGUGUCAGGGCACAGAGAGUUUAAAUGUCGAGCAAAGUACAGUAGUCGGUGAAAGUCUGGUGCACUGUAUUCAGUGAACCGUGGCGUUUCAGCUCGCUACUACAGAUAGAUGAAGAGUAUAAUGGCAUUUUGACACAAAAGGAAAGGCCACACAAAAAGACAGAUGGACAGACCCUCAUUACUUUAAUUAACAGCGAAAUUUUCUUGAUAUGAAAUUUAAGUGUGGUCCAAAAGUCUAAAUCUGGUGUGACUUAAAAUGAACCUUAAAAUGAUGACUACAUAAUAUAUACUGAACAAAAAUAUAAACGCAACAUAUAAAGUGUUGUUCCCAUGUUCCAUGAGCUGAAAUAAAAAGAUACCAGAAAUGUUCCAUACUCACAAAAAGCUUAAUUCUGUCAAAUGUUGUUUACAUCCCUGUUAGUGAGCAUUUCCCCUUUGUCUAGAUAAUCCAUCCACCUGACAGGUGUGGCAUAUCAGAAGCUGAUUAAACAGCAUGAUCAUUACACAGGUGUACCUUGUGCUGGAGAGAAUAAAAAGCCACUCUUAACUGUGGAGUUUUGCCACACAACACAAUGCCACAGAUGUCUCAAGUUUUAAGGGUGUGUGGAAUUGGCAUGCUGACUGCAGGAAUGUCCACCGGGGCUGUAACCAGAGGAGCUGUUACCAGAGAAUGUAAUGUUAAUUUCUCUCCCAUAAGCUGCCUCCAAUGUUGUUUUAGAGAAUUUGGCAUUGUGUGGGUGAGCUGUGUGUUGUGAACAGAGUGCCCCAUGGUGGCCGUGGGGUUAUGGUAUGGGCAGGCAGUAAAAUCUUUGAAAUUGUUAAAUGUUGCAUGUAUAUUUUUGUUCAGUAUAAAUAUACCUGACAUAAAAGACGCACAGAGUAAACAUGUGUCAUCAAGCGAGGACCAGUUCCUAUGACAUCACAUGAUGAUCAUCAUCUCCUUUAACCUGGUACCUGUUAUUUCCUUUAAACCCUGGAUGUAGAUAAUAUUGAAUGUUGACUUUGUAUUAAAAGCAGGAUGAUUGAAUAUA